AUAUUGUCUAAAAAGUUCUACAAAAUAUUUAUUCUACAUUAAAAUGUUUGAUAAGAUUUAUACAAUUUAUAAAAUUGAUAAAAGUUAUAGUUAGAAGAUUUAAAUAGAGUUUAAAAUGGACAAAUUUGACAAGAUCUACAAAAUAUAUUGACAAGAUUUGGAAGAUUUAUAAGUGCCAAUGCAAAAAUAUCGAUUGACCAUCCAUCUAUUCAUCUUCCUCCGGUCCAAAGACAACCCCUCCACGAACGACCGGCGAAGUGCAGCCGCAACGCACGCUUCCGCCGCCGGACCCGUCAAUCAGCCACCCGGCAAAACCAUCACCACCUAGUGCAAGCAGCGGCAAAGAAAGCCGCCGUCGGCCGGACCCUCCCCGCCGCCCGAUCGAUCCGCCCCACCGCCUGCCCCUCGAUUCGCGCCCCCACCAGUCGCCGCCGCCGUCGUCUGACAGCGCCCGAGUAGAGCGACGACCGUCGACCGGGGCACGUGGCAGGACGGCGAACACGCGUCGCGACGCUUCCCUUACGCACGACGACGAGUUUUACGCGACGGCGAAACGGUGCGACUCCGAUCCGGUGCGGUUCUGUGGUUGGUGUGGUUCUUGUUCUGUGGGAUAUUCCGGGUGGUGGAUUUUUUUCUUUGCUGGAGGACCUGAUAAUUGACUGAAGCUGAAAGAGAACAACAGUCAGACGUCGGAGGGCAUUAUCCUUGGGUGAAGGGAAAAGAGGAGCGAAGUCAUCAUCUUUUCUUAAGGAGUAGUGACUGGAGGAGGGAGAAUCUGGAGGUUGGCAAAAACAUGAGCAAAUACAAAGACUCUAGCCACUGACUCAACGAUUGACCAUCCAUCGAAAAUGGAAAAGGACUCAGGCCACUUUUGCUACGAACCUUACCCCCAAGUCUCCAAGCCCGGCAACACGAACUCCCUGAAAAGAGACGUGAAACCCAAAAAGGAGGACACUUGCUGCGGCUGCAUCAACGCCAAAACACGCAACAAAAGCAAGGCCUUCCUCGCCGGUCUGGCCACCAACAUCGGCAUCUGCGUGUUGCUCUUCGGCUACACCCUAAUAGGCUCCGUCAUAUUCUUGGCCAUAGAAGGCGGCGGCUCGUACCAGCACCAGAUUUUGGCCACCACCUCGCUGACCAAGAGCGGCGACAAAAAAUUCUUGAACCAGACUGCCGCCUUGAAGGCGAGGAACGAGGAGGCCAGGGUGCGGACCGUGGAGAACAUCUGGGAGAUCACCGUCAAUUUGAACAUACUGUACAGGGAUAAUUGGACCAGGUUGGCCGCUCAGGAGAUCACCAGGUUUCAGGAUGAGCUGCUGAAGACCAUGGAGGAGGAGCUGGCCCAUCAGCAGCCGUUGAGGGAGAAGCUGAGCGGGAAGACUGGGCAAGAGAACUACGAGUGGACGUUCGCCAAGGCGUUCCUUUAUUCUUUGACCGUCCUAACGACCAUAGGUUACGGAAGUAUCGCACCCCGCACAACUCUAGGAAAGGCCGUGACAAUGGGUUACGCUAUGCUGGGGAUUCCCCUAACCCUCUUGUACUUGUCGAGUGUCGGAUCGAUCCUCAGCAGGGUUGCAAGAGGUGUGUUUUCAAGAGCGUUGUGCUGCUGCCUUUGCUCCAACUGCGGCUACUGUUGCUACGACGAGAAACGCAUGGCCGAGAAGGAGAGGAAGAUGAAAAGGAAGCGUCAGCAGCUGGAGCUGCAACAGCAGAUGGGUUUGCAGGAGCCGUUUUACGUGCGUUCCAACUCCAACUUCAGCAACAGCCUCCACUCGCCGUGCAAGGACGGCACCAUCAAAGAAAUCGACAGUCUGAGCACCGACAACGAGAGCAAAACCUCCAUGCACGGCUGGAGCAUCCUGGCCCCCAUCCUCCUCUGUCUCAUCAUGAUGUUCAUCUACAUCUGUCUCGGCACCUUCGUCCUCUACAAGCUGGAAAAUUGGUCGUUGCUCGACGGCUUCUAUUUCUGCUUCAUGAGCCUCACCACCAUCGGCUUCGGCGACAUGGUGCCGGGCAACAACCCCUUCGCCAACUACGACUCCAACACAACAAUCUGGUUCUGCUCCAUCUACAUCAUGUCCGGCAUGGCGCUGACCGCCAUGUGCUUCAACGUCGUCCACGACGAGAUCGUGCACCGGCUCAAGCACCAGGAGAAGACGGUGACCAAAAUCACCUCGUUCCCCGACGAUUUGAACGUCAACGAUCCGUACACGGUGACCUCAUGACAGUUCCCGACCAAGAACAACUUCUACCACCGCAACCUGACGGAGGAGACGUUGUUGAGCACCGGCACGCCCACCUCCAUCGGCGACAUAGGGCACGAGCUGAUCCCGGUGGCGGGCAAGAUGCCGGAGGUGCUCGAGGGGCCGGUCAUGAAGGGGGUUUACACGCUGCCCGAGGAGCCGGAGAACGAGGAGGCCACGGAGGAGAACACGGCGAUGUAAAACGCUUUUGGAUUUUUUACUGUUGUUUUUUACACAUAUCAGUUGAUUUGAUUUCAUUUCUUGUAUUAUACUUGUAUAUUGUACAUAUUGUAUUAUAUUCCAGUUUUAGAUUCGACACAUUUAAAAUAAAAAUUACCACCUAGAUCUACCGGAUAAAUCGUUGAUAGAUUAAAAAAAAAUUGAUCGAACCACAAAAUUUAUAAAUUAAGUAUAAAGUGUUAGAAAGGAUGGCAAAAUUUUACUACUUGUAUUUUGACGAUUGUUGAAGACAAACUUGUACAUAUAGAAAAUACUAUCUCUGUAUAAUUCGAUGAAAUGCAUAUUUAUAUUGAAUAUUUUUAUGUUUCGAUGACAUGGAUCCUAUUAGUGUGUUUAUAACUGUAUUUUAACGAGAUGAAAAUCGAAAAUGCGGUGUAUGAUUGUGAAGAUUUGUAUAAAUUCAAUAAAAACUCGU